CGCGGUCCCAAGAUGGCGGAUCCCGUCCAGGUACCGGCCACUCCGAGCCGGCACGAAAAGAGUCUGGGUUUGCUCACGAGCAAGUUUGUGUCACUGUUACAAGAAGCCGAGGACGGUGUGCUUGAUCUUAAGGCGGCGGCUGAUACACUUGCUGUGCGACAGAAACGCUGCAUUUAUGACAUCAAUAAUGUUCUGGAAGGUAUUGGACUUAUUGAGAAGAAAUCUAAAAAUAGUAUUCAAUGGAAAGGUGUGGGUCCUGGGUGCAACACAAGGGAGAUGGCAGACAAGCUGAUAGAUCUAAAGGCAGAGCUGGCUGAUCUGGAACAGCGAGAGCAAGAAUUGGACCAGCAACAAGUGUGGGUUCAGCAGAGCAUUAAAAAUGUAGAUGAUGUGCAAAACACUGGGCUAGCUUAUCUCACUCAUGAGGAUGUCUGUCGUUGUUUUAGAGGAGACACUUUGCUUCUAAUCAAAGCUCCAUCCGGCACAUGUUUAGAAGUUCCAAUUCCUGAGGGUAUCAAUGGGCAAAAGAAAUUUCAAAUUCACCUUAAAAGUUCAACUGGACCAAAUGAAGUACUUUUGGUUAAUAAAGAUGCAUCAAACUCUCCACCUGUAGUCGUCCCUGUUCCACCUCCUGAAGACUUAAUCUCACCUUCCUCAGCAGUACCCAGUAUACCUCAGAGAACCUCACGGAGUCAACAGGAUUCACCCAUCCCAGAUAUCCAGCCAGACAUCCCUGCUCCUACACCUUGUAGUCCUAGUGCCACUGGAGUACAAGAUUCCCAGGAUAGGCAUGAUAACCAAAGCCUCUGCAUGGAUAGUACAGCAACCAGUCGCCUUCUUGACAUAGACACCUGCCCGCUUCAGUCUUCAGCCUCAUUAGACAAAAGCUCUGACCUGCCAAAUACUUCUACCUCAAUCCAGCCAAUUAAGUCAGACCCAUCAGAUCUGCUGGAGUUGCCAACAGACCUGUCAGAAUUAUUUGAUCCUACAAAAGAAUGCAUGACAGCUGACCUGCUGGAAGAAUUAAUGUCAUCAGAGGUUUUUGCUCCUCUGCUUAGACUUUCACCUCCACCAGGGGACCAUGACUACGUCUACAACUUGGAUGAAAGUGAAGGCGUAUGUGACCUCUUUGAUGUCCCAAUAAACCUUUUACAUUGGCAAUCUUGUGAAUAUAGACUUUUUGAUUAUCUUUAUGAAGAAAUUUGUCUAUUUUUGGAUUCCUGUUUGUGACAGAAAAUUACCAGACAUACUUCUGCAAUGCAGAUAGUUGCAUAACGAAAUCGCUGUCUAGGACUAUAAUGAUCACUGCACUGGAACUAUUUACCAUCCA